ACCAUUCCGGCAGGGGAGUUCGCAACCAUGGACGCCGAUGCCGAAGUCGUGCUCCAUGCGCCACCCUUCGUCCGCAUCUUCAAGAGCGGCCGCGUCGAACGCCUCCUCGGCAACGAAGUACUCCCCGCAGGGCUCGACCCCGCCACCGGCGUAGUCUCCAAGGACGUCCUCAUCGACCCGGCCACCAACCUGGUGGCCCGCCUCUACCUCCCGGACCUCGCCGGUAGCCCACCGGACAGGAAACUCCCAGUCCUUGUCUACUACCAUGGCGGCGGCUUCGUCAUCGAGACCGCCUUCUCCCCGACGUACCACAACUACCUUAACUCCCUCGUGGCCGCGGCCGGCGUGGUGGCCGUGUCCGUGGACUACCGCCGCGCGCCGGAGCACCCUCUCCCGGCCGCGUACGACGACUCGUGGGCGGCACUCCAGUGGGUUGCGUCGCGGCCUCCGGCGGAGGAGUGGCUCGCGGAGCGCGGGGACCUGGGGCGGGUGUUCCUGGCAGGGGACAGCGCGGGCGCCAACAUCGUGCAUCAGGUGGCGCUGCGGGUGGCAGCGGAGGGGUUGGGCGGUGCAGCCACGAUCAAGGGGCUGCUGCUGAUCCACCCGUACUUCUGGGGGGCGGAGCCGCUGGGGUCGGAAAGCCGGGAUCCAGAGACGAGGGCGGGGCCGGAGAAAAUCUGGACGUUGGUGUGCCCGGGAACGGUGGGGCCGGACGACCCGCGGCUGAACCCGCUGGCGGAGGGGGCAACGAGCAUGGCGGGGCUGCCGUGCCGGCGGGUGCUGGUGAUGGUGGCGGAGGAGGACAUACUGCGGGAGAGGGGGCGGGCGUACUACGAGGCGCUGGAGCGGAGCGGGUGGGAAGGGGAGGCGCGGCUGAUGGAGGCGGAGGGGGAGCAGCAUGUGUUCCAUUUCCGUGAUCCCAAGAGCGCGAAAGCGGUGAGCAUGAUGCAGACCGUGGUUUCUUUCCUCACUUCCGAUUGAUCGGAACCGUGAGUUCAGAAAUGGACGGACGGAUGACAGCCCACCUCGAGCCAUCAAUAAACCGUGCUUCCAACGGUUCUAGACAUCAUAAAAUCGAAUGCCGUGGAUCUUCUUGCGUUUGAUACUUUAGACCAGUCGAUCAAUAAUAUAACUCCUGAGGUUGAAAUGUUUGACCCAA